CAACUUAAAAUUAGUUGGACAGUUGAUUCCUAAGGCAAUAGAUCAGUAAAUUUAACCGGUCGUAAAUAUUUUUAUAUUUUUCCAGAAAAUUAAAGAAGUUUAGUCAAAGUAAAAUGGCGGCAAAAGAUUUGAUAUCGUUUGAUAAUGAAGUAUUCAGUGCUUAUGUCUUCUGGUCGGCAGUUUUGGUUCUGAAACUUUUGUUCAUGUCAUUGCUGACGGCAAUUCAACGCUACCGGACAAAGACCUUCGCCAACCCCGAGGAUUUGAUGGACAAACGUCUUAAAGUGAAAUUCGAUAAUCCCGAUGUUGAACGCGUGCGCAGAGCUCAUCGUAAUGAUCUGGAAAACAUUUUGCCAUUCUUCGUGAUUGGUUUCCUCUACGUGCUGAUCGAUCCAACCCCUGGUCUGGCCAUCAAUCUCUUCCGCGCUGUGGGUAUUGCGCGCAUUGUGCACACAAUUGUCUACGCUGUUGUUGUUGUACCACAACCAAGUCGCGCAUUGGCAUUCUUCGUUGCUUUGGGUGCAACAGUCUACAUGGGCUUCCAGGUAGUGAUUGCCGCCUUGUAAAAAUGCCUUCUGUACUCUAAGCUAUUAUUUUCACUCUGUCGAGGGUUUAUUGUAAUACUUCAUAAUACUAAUUAAAUUAAGAAAUUUGUACAAUAAUUUUUUGUAGUUAAAAAAUUGUAAAAAAAAUUUCUUUCAAAAUAAUAAAAAAUUAUUAUACACAUA